UUAUUUAACGGGGAAAAAAUGAUCGUAAAUGGUUUUCCAGCUACCGCAGCAUAUUCCCUUCACGGACCACCAAACGCAGCAAACUCUAACGGAAACGCAAGGCGAAGAUUCGCGGCCAAAUUCCCUCGUUCUUCCGCCUCCGCCAAACGCACUCUCUUCUCUCAUUUGGCCAGUUGCCGGAGCGCCAGCGAUUCCUCCUCCUCCUCCUGGUCUUCCCUUGUGCCUCCGUCGCGAUCAAGAAUGGAGAACUCCGUUUCCAUCUCCGAUCAUCACCUGCCGACGGUCAUGGUCACCAACGACGACGGUAUCGACGCGCCUGGGCUUCGCUCCCUAGUUCGAGUCCUGGUCUCCUCCCGUCGCUUCCACGUACUGGUUUGCGCUCCUGAUUCAGAGAAGUCAGCCGUGAGCCACAGUAUUACUUGGCGGCAUCCGAUAUCAGCUCAGCGAGUGGAAAUUGAUGGAGCGACGGCCUAUGGAGUUUCUGGAACUCCUGCUGAUUGUACCUCCUUAGGAAUCUCCGGAGCGCUGUUUCCUUCAGUUCCUGACCUGGUAGCUCUCUGCCUGUCAUCUCCGGCUUCAAAACUGACACUUAGAAGAAUGCUGUUGAUGAUUCUGUUCAGACUUUCAGAUUCCUUCUUGGUAGUAAGUGGCAUAAACAUGGGGAGCAACUGCGGCUAUCACAUUGUGUACUCCGGCACAGUUGCUGGCGCUCGUGAGGCCUUCUUUAACGACAUCCCUUCCAUCUCCGUGUCAUAUGAUUGGGUUGGGGGGAAGAGCAGUGUUGAAGACUUCACUCUUGCUGCUGAGGCGUGUAUACCAAUUAUAACAGGCAUACUUGCUGAAGUUAAAAGUAAAAAAUAUCCAUCUGGGUGCUUCUUGAAUGUAGACUUGCCCACAAAUGUUACCCAGCAUAAGGGGUAUAAGCUCACCAGACAAAGUAGAAGCAUAUAUAGAAUGGGAUGGAAGCAAGUUACUUCUACCACACAAGGAGGGAAAAUGUUGUCAACAAUGACAAUGGAUACAGAUGGAAAGAUGCAAGCGGAGGCUGAUACAACGGAUGAUGCAUCACAAGGAAAUCUUGUCUUCAAACGAGAAGUAAGAGGAGCUCAAAUUGUUGAAGAUGAUACGGACCACAAAUAUCUCAAGGAUGGAUAUAUUACUGUAACUCCCCUUUCGGCUCUUUCCCCUGCUGACGUAGGUUGCCACACAUACUUUAAAGACUGGUUACCGAGUGUAGUUGACCACACAUCCCCUUCUGCCUUAUAAGAUGCUGCAUUUUAGUGGGAAAGCCUCCAAAAUGAUACACAAUAUCCUGGUGAGUAACAAAAUUCCUGCUCAAUGUACUCAUUGGUAGGUGGAGCAUCUUUUAUGAAUUGGGAUUUUGGGUAAUUAUACAAGUCCUGUCUCUGUAGAUGAAUGGCUAUUGGUACUUUCAUUUCUCUUUGUUUCAACCUAAAUGUCAGUUCUGAUGUCACUUCAACCUUCAGCUUGUCCUUUAUUAGCUUGCGAAUUGAGAUUCAUUCUAGAACGUCUUUCUACGUUUAUUCGGCUAGACUCGUCACAAGUGCAACUCUUUUACUCUUCUAAUAAUAGUAGAUACGACUCCUGCGAUCUCCAUGCAAAAACUGAUGUUGCCAGGUUAAUCGCCAUAUGACUCUUGUGAUAAACCCAUGCUGGCUUUGUCAGCGGCAAGUAGUUUAGCCGGUACAGUAUCACGAACACUGCUUCUAGCUCAAAGCACAGACAUUUGAAGUAGAAACUCAUCCAUCUCAUUGCAGAAGCUUCUCCGACAAUCACCGACGCGAACAGCCUUUUCCUUUAGCUCUUACAUUCCGUCUCGCAGCACUUCAGUUACUUUACAGAUGCUAAUCACCAAUUCAUGAUUGGCUUUUUUUCUCUCCAGGAAAACCAAAGAGAGAGAGAGAGAGGCGUUCAAACUUUGAAGUAACCCUGAAGAAGUAACAUCCCCGUCGGUUAUUAGUUCGUUAGUUACUAUCCUGUUGCCCAAUUUAUUCCAGCGCUGCAUUAAAAUCGCCCACCACAUGAGUGAACCGACAGCUCUACCAUUGGAAUCAAACGCCUCAGAUUUAGCAGUUUGUGUGGUGUGCGAUUUCUGUUUGUUGACAUGAUGCCUAAUUGCCUGGGCGGUGUAUUUGUUGGACUUUCCACAGGGUGUUGUGUUCGGCCUAAACAAGGAAGAAGCUACCUUUUUUCUUCAUUAUCGUCCUCUUCAAAAGGUUUGGUCAAGAUUUUUUUUAAAAGUGACGUGGACAGUAAUGGACAGCGACUACCAAGAUGCUUGACUACCAAUACUCAGCUUUACCUACACGGCUACGUAUUAACCAACACCUGGCUUAGUACUCUAGUGUCAUUAAUCACCAAAACCCAACUUUAAUUCAAUGUCUAAUCAAAUGAAUGACAAAGAGAAGUAACCUCAAUGGUAGUAGUCCAAACUCCAAAGGUAAAAUAGUUGUUUUUAUUGUAAUUCAAGAGUGAAUUUUAAAGAAUUACAUUACAUUCGAAUAAUCAUAGUUCAGAUGUUAGACAUUAAUCUCAAUUCAAUCGUGUUGAAUAACAUCAAAUUGUUGACCA